AUAGACCAGUCUUUAUAUUUUAUGUCACUUCGUUCAACUAGACAUUUCGAAGGUCGGUUGGAUGGACCAUCAUGGGAAACUCCAACAGCCACAAGCGGACUGGAUGUUCCAACAAAGUGGAGCACUGGUCAUUGAUCCAGAAUACACCAGUAACUGGAGUCUUGCAGUCUUGUUCUUAUGGGAGAUGGAUAAAAACUCAGCGCAGCAUCUGUGGCUAUGCAGACUAUGCUGACUUCACUACUUGUCGUGAGUCCAGGAGAAGAUGUGGAGUACUUGCCAAACCUGACACUACAUGUGGACGGUACUUUGUGCCAAGUUUCAAAUCCAAGUCAGAAUUGCUGAUUGUAGAAAAGCAGAAAUGGUAUGUUGGUAACUUCAAACUCCCACGUGUACCUGUCCCAGACCCACAGUGGGUUCGCCAUUCCCAACAUAAUCGAAAUCGAAGGGAAUGCAGUGUGGUUGCAUACAGCAAUGGACUUGUUGUUGUUCAAAUAAACACCAACAGGUAUUAUUUGUCACCAAAAUUCUAUAUACUAGACAUUGAAACAGGUCAGGUUGUCGGCCAUUUUCUGAUGUUCUACCACUGUAGGAGAUGGUAUGAGUGCUAUAUUUCACCCAAUAAACACAGAAUUCUUUUACGUCCUGACAGUCUCACAAGGGUGGUUGCUUUACCUGACAAUUACCUGUUGGAAAAUGUCUACAUUAAUCCAAACACCAAUCACUCUAGUCUGUCCGUGGGAACCAUCCCGCCAAUUUUUCGUGCUCAUGUUAUGACAUUUAAUGCCUUAGCUGGUGACAACAGAAUUGUCAUGGCAAGCCAGAAAGAUCUAGAAAUCCGCUCUGUGGAAACAUGGGAUAUUCUGUAUGGUGUUCAGAAUCUGGAUCUCCCAACAAACAUACAACAGAUGAAAUCCAGUCCUCUUGGUGACUUCAUCGCUCUACGCUGUGUUCACCCUGUUCAUUGUAAGGAAUACAGCGUCAAUGUAAUUGCUGUGCUCAACUUCAGAACUUUAGACAUUUUGUUCAAAGUGGAUGUGUGUGGUUGCUACUGGCCUGUGUCAGAGGUUAUCAAUCUCCAAGUGUUCCCUUACUUCUCGCCUGGAGAAGCAUCCAUUUCUCUGAUGAAGAACUGUACCUAUCACCGCAAGGUUGUCACAUACAAGCUCCCUAUUCCCCGCUUGAAUUUGCAAUACCUGUGUCGCAGAGCAAUACUCCAUCUCACAAAUUUCAGAGAUCUGAGCAAACUUCCUCUUCCAAAGAAGAUCAUCAGCUUUCUCCAGGCUAAACCACCUGUUAUCAAGGACAAGCCAUUGUAAUUGUUCAGCUCUCACCACAUGAAUAACUAUCACUUUUGAAAUCUGAAAGAUUUAGCAAAUUUGGAAAGUUUAUCAUAUGUCUCUCUAUCAUUUCAUAUUAUAUCUACAACAUACAAGCAGGACAAAAUCAUCAAUGUCUUUCCAUUUUCAAAUAACUUUCAAACAUUUAUAAACCUGGAUGGAAAAAGUGUUUUAUGUUAUUAGAUGUUUUACCUAAAUUUCUGAGAGGGAGUGUUUCAGUCCGUAUCAUUGCAGAUGGGCAUACAUGUAUCAUUUUAGUCAAAUAGAUUAUUUAACAAAAUGCCGGAGACAAUGAGGUUGAUAUGAUUUGAGAUUUGUCUUAUAGUGACAUGCAUGAACCGAUUAAAUACAUAAAUUUUGUACCACCUCUAAGAUUACAAAAUAGUGAGGAGACAACUUAUUCAUUUUUAGGGGCUUUCCCUGUUUGGCAGAUCUAGCCUACUAUUUUUACUAGAGCCAGCAGUAGAUUUAUAGACCAUUCACACAAAGUCACUUCUCCAAACAGAAGCUAGAUAAGCAUUAUUGACUGUUUUGUAAAUGUAUUCACUAAUCAAUAAGAGUUUUACAGUAACUGAUCACGGUCCUAAGGUAAAGCCAAUGCCACAGUAUGACAAAGAAUGAUAUAUAGCUGUUGCGUUGUUUCUAGAGUAACCAUCUCUUACCUUGGACAGGUAAAUCCACACUUUUUAGUGGUAUCAGAUCUUGUCUUGGGUUUAGACAGAGGGGUUUCCUUCUCAGGACAAUGACAUGAUGUCACAGUAACAAUUCAAUGGCAACAAUUAAAUCAUGUUAACAACAUAACCUAACUCGCAAGUACUAACUUCCAAGGGGGUAAAAAAUUCUAUAAAUCUUGGUCCUAUGAUAAAGCCAAUGUCAUGGUACAAUACUUGAUAAUAAGUGUUGUCUGGUGUCUAGAGUUACUCAUC